CGCAGCAAUAAAAUGUCGACGGACGACGAUACGUACGAGGUCGAAAAGAUAGUGAAGAGAUCGAAGACGGGAGAUCGCUAUCUUAUCAAAUGGAAAGGAUUUCCACACAAAGCGAACACAUGGGAGCCAGUAGAGAAUCUACAUGGUUGCGAUAACCUCCUUGAUACCUUUAUUGAGAAUGAGAAAAGACGCAAACGUGUACGAUCCAGCAGCUCUGGUUCAAAAAUCUUACGCCUUGCGGGUCCAAGUCCGGUCUCUAAGCCCAGCCCCAGACCAACUAGCAGUGAAAGAAAGACAAGAAGAGAGUCAGUCCCUCUAGAGACUGCAGCAACGAGAGCAAACGCGUCACAGAAAAACGAACUAACGAGUCAACUAAUACGCAACUCAUUGCGCCAUUUAGGCAAUAUUUCGUCAAACAAAAGACCUGCUACUACUUCAAGCAUGCAAGACAAUCUAAAAAGGCCAUCACUCAAGAUGAACAAAGUCAGCUAUCGAGCACAAACAGAAGAGAAGAUAGAUUCUAUUGUAGAUAAUGAAAACAGUGCAGUUCCUGCUCAACGUGAACCAGACUCUGUAGAUUCGAGUCCUGUGUGGCUGAAAUUAAGUGUCAGUGAUGUUCUAUUUGCUGUAUUAUUCUGUAUUGUAAUGGUUUCCGUAUUUGCUUUGUUGCAGUGGGAUUAUUUGUAAUCACGCGUGUUGAACUUUAUUUUUAUUAGUUCUAUUACUUGUGGCGCUUUCUUGAAGACAUUCUAGUAAGCGUACUGUAUAAUAAUAAUAAGUAAUAAAUUUAAUACAAAUGUUCCUAUACAUAUGUAUGAACCAUUGCUUAUAAGG